GGGAGGGCGGUUGCCUUGGAAACCGUGGCCAUGGCGGCCCCGGGGCGGGUGAGUAGUCGCACUGGUCCUCGCGAGGAACGGGCUGGCUCUACAGAGUUGUCGGAUGCUACCCGGACGCCAGUGCCCACCGUGUCCCCCGUAUCCCCCGAGCUACCCGUCUCGCCCGGACAGGGUGCGGAGCCGCUGGGCAAGAACCUGUGGGAGCAGAUCUGCGAGGAGUAUGAAGCUGAGCUGCCUCCCUUUCCAGAGGGAUGUAAAGUCAAACCAGAAGGUAUGAUUACUGUUUCACCAUUGGAGGAAACGAUUUUCCAUGGCUUCAAUACAGAGCACCUUUAUUCAACUCCUCAUUUGACCACGGACUCACAUGUACCCUGUCCUCAAGUUAAGUUGGAAAAAAUCCAUCCAAAAACAUGUUCCCCCAAGGAAUAUUUGGAAACAUUCAUCUUUCCAGUUCUGCUUCCUGGAAUGGCUAGCCUGCUUCACCAAGCAAAGAAAGAAAAAUGUUUUGAGAGAAAAAGAACCAAAUUCAUUGCCUGUGAUUUUCUGACUGAGUGGUUAUACAAUCAAAAUCCAAAGAGGAUAGGGGAGUCUUUCACGGAAUUCUUCUCCAUUCCAUUUGUGGAGCAGUGGCUGAAGCAUCACCCACGCCCGGCAAUGCCACUCUCCCUCCUGCUGACAGAAGGAGAGGCAGCACUGAUCAUUCAGUCCUUCUGGAGAGCCUAUCUGGUUCGGUGUGAUCCUGAGAUUCAAGAAUUGCGUCAGUGGCAGAAGAAACUGCGUGAAGACAACCACAUUCACCAGCGAGUCAAGAUUUUCUGGGCCAAACAAGAACAGAAAGUGAAAUGCAAAAUGGAGAAAGAGGAGGAGGCCUGAGCUAAGACUCCACCACCUUAUUUACCCACUGGUGGGAUCUUUUCCCUUCGGAGCUUCAGUGACCCUCUGUGAGGAAAAUGUACGAAUUAUGCUUCCUCUCUGUUAACUUUCUUAAUGACUACUUUUGGUACAUGUGAAUACAGAAUCUUUUCUGCAGAA